ACAGUGUAGAAAAGUGUAGAAGAGCCGCUGAGAAUAAACACUGACGUGUUUUUAUUGGAGGGUGGAAAAUGUUGAAAUUCAAUGAGAAAAAGUGUUUAAUUUGCUAGCAAUAAUGGUUAUUGAUGUUCAAUUGAUAUUGAUUUUGCUUUUUGCACUAAUACUUUUGGCAUGUGAUAUUAAUUUCGCCAAUUGUGGAGGAAACCUCCACAUGCUGGAAAGCAUAACAACACAGGAUAUUAUAGCGGGUGAUGUAUUCUUCGAAGUGCUGGAUCCUGAAGAAUUGGAGUAUACAUAUAGAUUGAGGCCAGCAAAAGAUUUUGGGGCGCCAUUCAAUGCAAGUUUUCGCUUUCCACGAAUUGCACUUGUUCCUGCCGUGCCUUUCGAUGCAUGUUCCUCCAGUGGCAUUCGCAAUGGGGAUGAUUUGAUGGGAAAUGUAGCUCUGGUGGAACGUGGAGAUUGUUCUUUUCUCAGUAAAACUAUCAAUGUUGAACGUCAUGGGGCCCUGGCGGUAAUCAUCACGGAAUCUAGUGCUUCGGAAGGUGGAGAGGAUGAGUAUUAUAUUGAAAUGGUGCACGACAACACGGGUAGGGAGUCAAACAUUCCGGCAGGCUUUCUCAUUGGCAUCAAUGGACGUAUCAUUGUGCAGACAUUGAAGAAACUACGACGAAACUAUGCCAUCAUCAAUAUCCCAGUUAAUCUGACUUUUACACCUCCCCACGAGAUAAAUCAUCCGCCCUGGCUUGGCUGGUGAUUGAAAAAACUAGUCAAUAAUGGUAUUUUGUGGACUCAACGAGCAAAUAGAGAGGCACUUUUGACAAUAA